UCAUUUGAAUGGUGAAACUGUGAAACGCUAGCGAUCCUGCCCGAAGGGGAGUUGCGCUUGAGUUUAACCAGUUUUUCAUGUUUUGGAUUUACACACCCGAGGAGCUCUCAUAACAUCUCACAAAAUGAUUCGUGUCCCUUAUUAUGGCAGCUGGUAAGAAUGUUUGGCAGCCGAAAGUCUUUAAGGUCAACCAGAGCAAAUCCAAUGGCUUUCUUCAACCCUGUCUGCACACUUCUGCUGAAAAGAACAUGAAGCAGGUGGAUAUUAUUAAUAAGGAAGAAUUAGAUAAAGACAGAUUGCAGGUGCAUCGCAGAGUACACAGUCAGGACAAAGCGAAGCGGUUGUCAUCUUGCAAGAGGAAGAGUUGUGCAUUGGUGGAGGCGGGCAAAAAGCUGCACCGCAGAACGUCAGAUGUAGGCCAUUCCUGUGACCCCGGCAUGGCCAACAAAGAAAAUGAGCUGACGUGCUCCGAUGAUGUGCGGGGCAUUCACUAUAAUGACAACCGUGGGCUCCCGGUGAACUCUGCAGAGGCCUCCAAGAUGGCAGGGGCCAGCUCCAAGUACAGUGACUUUACUGAGCUAUCAAAGGACCAUGAAGCUAUGACACACGUCCUUUUUGGAAGAAAUCUUCGACUUAAAGUAGCCCUAACACUAUGGCGAAAAAAUGCCAGUGAAUUAGUGGCGUACCUAAUAAGAAUUCAAGAUGCAGGGGUGUUGCUCGACUGCUUACCUGUCUUAACAAACAACCUUCAAGCUGAAGCACCAUGUUUGUCACUUGGCUGCUGCGUUGACCUCAUGCCGCAAGUCAAAGUGAUUCUUGCCAGUAAAUAUGAAGAGCAUAUAGUGGUGGGUUUACACUGGGUUCAAUCCGUCAUCAAGAAAUGGUGGCCAGAACUUUCCAAAAAUGAGAAAAGACUGCGGGACAGUUGUUCAGAAGACAGGAAUAUUGAAGUCAUGAAGCAGCGGUUGAAGGACUUGUGGAAGGAAGGGGCCCGAUUAUGUUCGGUUCCGGGAUCUAUGGGAGAACUGGCAAAGGCCAUAGAGGCUUCUCUACUGCAGCUGCCCUGACAGUUUUCAACAUAGCACUCUGGAGUAUGUGACCACUACUACCAUUCAUGGCUGUGUUUUGGACUGAUAAUGAUGCCAGAGAAAUGGACUGGUUCAUUUUGCUACUUAAACACAAACCUCUUAACUGGGACUGAACUUGACAAUUCAGAAAACUCCCUCAGUUAGAGCUGGAGAAUCUUAAGCAGGGCCGAGAGAAACUUCCUGCACAGCAAAUGACUGCUUCACAUUGAAGUGGACCAUCUUGUGAAGGGGUAUGUUUAGUGGACCUCCGUGAGACUGGGUGUAAUGUCGCUCUAUGAAGUGCCAAGCUCUUUGUCUCUCACUGCAGCACUCUUCACCAUGUAAUGGAUGUAUCUUGUGGAUGUGUGAAUGCUCCGCUGUUUUGGUGUUUUGCGCCUGGGUUCUCUGGAAUCAGGAACUUGAAUCUGCAACAGUCUUUAAGUUAUUAGAGCAUGUUUUCUUGUUUUCAUUUUGCCUCUUCCUAUGACAUUUGACUGUAUAAUGUAAAAUGUAAAAACAAGUGAUUCUUUUAAUCUUCUUUCAAAUAAAUUGAAAAAACAAUCAAAA